AUGUCUUCGUUCCUUCACAAGACCACAUUUUGGCAAGUCAGAUCUUUUGGCGUACUCCUACUACCUACAUACAGACAGAGCCUAAAAAGCAAGGCUCCAGAGAUCAAGACAGCUAAGAGAUGGUCACGGGAGGCAGAGGAACAGUUACAGAAUUGCCUUGACUCAGUGGACUGGGCCAUAUUAAAGAACUCAUCUGAGGACCUGAACGACUACACUGGGGUGGUUACAGGCUUCACUAAAACAGUUGUGGAUGACUGUGUCCCCACAAAAUCAUUCAGGGUUUACCCCAAUCAGAAGGCCAGGAUGAACAAUGUCAUCCGGAACCUGCUCAGAACCAGAUCAGAGGCAUUCAAGUCUGGAGAUCAAGAUUGCUACAAUAGGUGCAGUAACUCUCGACCAGUGCACUGCAGAGAAGCAAAGAAAUGUUUUAAUUAUGAUCUUAUUUGUGAAAACUCAGGUUAUGAGGUUCGUCAUUACAAUUCAUCAACAUGGAUUGCAACCAACGUAACAAGUUUUUUUAUGGAAUUUGCCAGCUAUGAAGGAUUUACAAAACUCUUUCAAUACAUCCAGGGCAAAAAUGAAGAAGGCAAGAAAAUUAACAUGGCAGCUCCUGUUCUGCUUAAGAUACCUGAAAGUGAAAGAAUAAUGGAAAUGAAGAAUUACACUGUCCACUUUCUGUUGCCAGAAGCUUAUCAAGAAAACCCUCCGACGCCCACUGACCCUGAUGUUUAUUUUAUUGAGUUCCCAAAGAUGUAUGUUUUUGUGAAAUCCUUUGGGGGUUCGUUACUGACAUGGAAUUCAAAAUUUUAUUCCUCAAGACUGAAAGCAGAACUGAAUAAAGCUGACCAAAGUUUUAUCUCUGAUUAUUACUAUGGCACUGGAUACAACAGGCCCAAGAUGUUGUUUGAUCAGCACAAUGAAGUGUGGUAUGUUGCAGAAGGAACUCCAGAGUGUUCAACUUUAGUCCCUGAACACACCACAUAG